AUGGACUAUGUUCGAGGUGAACAUCUUAUUUCAUCUAUUAUUCAACAAAUAACUGAUCUUCGAAAGGAAGAAGCGUUUAACGAAAUUUAUGAUCAAGUGAAAGAAUUUUGUGAUGCAAAUCAUGUAGAUUUAGAUCAACCGUAUCGUUCAUGUCGUAAAACAGCAGUUCCAGCUCGUUUCCAAGAAUGUAUAAUUGAAUCUACAAUUGGCCAACGUGAAACUGUAUCAACAUCAAAAGAUUUUAUGAGCAGAAUUUAUCUUCCUUUGAUUGACUGUAUGCUAGUGGAAUUAAAUGACAGAUUUUCACUCAAAACCUUAUCGUUAAUGAAAAGUAUUUCUACAGUUUACCCUGAAAGUGGAAACUUUCUAAAUAUUGAUCAGGUAGAUGAAUUUUGUCGUCAUGUCGAUGUUGAUUCAAGUGCAUUAAAAAAUGAAUUUAAUGUUAUCAAGUCUUGGAUCGAAUCUAAAAAAGUUAGUGACAUCAUAAAGUUUUUAAAUAAAUUAUUGCCCUUAUCAUUUGCCUUUCCGCAAACAAUCAAAAUGAUUUCAAGUGCCACAACAAUAUCUGUCUCACAGGUCACAUGCGAGAGAUCAUUCACUAAGUUAAAAAUCAUCAAGAAUUAUUUCAAAACUCAAUGACCGACGAACGUCUCAGUGCUUUAACGGUUUUAUCUACUGAACGUGAAAUUGACAUUAAUUAUGAACAAGUAAUUGAUGUAUUUUCAAUUCUUCAUAAGAACGGUAGAAUUUUAUUACGUUAACUUUUUUGUUGUUGUGUUAAAAAAAAUACUCUUAAAAGGACCUUGCGGCGUGUCUGAAGGCCUGGUCGCAAUAGAAUAUCGGUCACGCCGAUAUUGUAGAUACUCUAAAGAAUUUUGCUACGGGCUAGAGAAAACUCACGCAAUCGUUUCUGGGUUUCUAAAAAAUAGCAGAGCUGAGCCCACCCUGCUAAGAAAUCCUGGCUACGCCGCUAUACAUAAUAUAAUGUCACGGUAGGACGGAGGGGGUGCAGCAUAAGAGUGAGCCACGAUGCAACAUUUGCGUGUUGUCAAUGAGAAUACACCAAGCCCAGCACAUUUAAUAGACAUAAUUUGAAGGACCAUCAUAGUCCUUCAAAUUGUCUACAAACUGAGCUAGUCAGAAUGGCUCCACUGGUCGGACCAGUUACCAAACACAUGCAAAAAGGGGAAAAUGAGAAAAAGCGCGUUGGAGUACGAAAAACAAGUGUAGCAAACUACUUUAGUCGUCUUCCUGUCCUAAUGAAAAUUUAUAUAUUUUUUUAAAAUAUACCGCUGGAUAGCACCUGAAUUGUCUACAAACUGAGCUGUUCAGAAUAACUGGACUUCUGGGCUCAGCCAUUAAAGAUAUGCAAAACAAGCGUUUGGGUGUUAUUUAUGCAGUAAAGCGUGUACUAAUCAUAGAAACUCGUUUUUUUUAGAAAAAUUUCAAGGGCCAUCCAACAGUAUAUUAUAGAGACGAGUAUAGGUGGCUAGUUUCGAAGUUUCGAGAAAUUCUGUCAACAAAAUAUAAAAAUGAGAAAAAAGUCACUUGGCCGAUUAUAGGUAAAAACAUGUCGUUUUCAAAAAAGGAAAGCAAAAUUAAAAAAAAGCGUACUUUUAUUCUACGUUUCACGACGGCUCCAGUGGUGUCAAAAUCAAGGCUCCAGCUCAAAACCCGAAAGCUGAAAGUAGUUUACGAGCGGAGGAUGUAGUAAUUGGAGCGGUCCAAAGUUUGACGAAACUGUGGGCACUUCUCGGGACUCGAAAAGCUUAAAAGACACUCCUAUACUCAACUCCAUCCGCUGAUUCCGAAAAUAACAUUCCGAAGGUUCGCUGACCUUGUGGAGCUAAGAUAUUGCGUGCUUUUUAAAAAGUCGCGAUUUUUCGAAAAAAUAUAGCACUCUUAUUUUUUAAUGUUUUCUCCUAAAGGACGAGCUCUGAAAAUGUUUUAGUCAACAUAUUCGUGAUCAGCGUGAAAUUUUGCGUCGUAUGGUGCAUAUUUAAGCAAAACAUAAAAUAGUGCUCGAUCUUUGAAUUUGGAGAGCCUUACAUCUGGCUCCCAAUAAGCGUUGUUUUAGCAGAAGUAGUAAAUCGAGAAAUGAAAGUGAAAAAGGAGUCUGUUGCCGACGGAACUGGCAUAGAUGGAUAACGCCGUCAAAAGUGAAAAUGUGAACAGGCCGCCCAAAUCCUUUUUUCUCCCUCUCUUUCUUUCUGUAACUAUGUAAUUGUCAGACAAUUCCGUUUUUUUUAGUUGUUUUAGUGUUCACUUUGUUCACUUUUGUGUGUAUGUUUUAUCUUUUCUAUACUAUUUAUUGUCUUUACUAGUCACCUUUGCGUCUUCAUCACUCUAAAUAUGUUUGCAUUUUAUCCUCUGCUGAUGGUUUUUCUCCGCAAACGGUACAUUCUUCUUCUUUUUAUUCAACUGUUACUGAUUUAAAUAAUCUCCCAGAGUCAGUUAUUUGUGUUUCUUCUUUAACAUCUUUCAAAACAGUUUUACUUCAGUAUCUCUUCCAGUGAAGCGUUUGUCAGUUAAAAAUGUAUACUUGUUCUUUUUAUUUUUAAAAUAAUUUUUACUACUUCUGGUUGUAACCUUAGUUGUCUUUUUUAUUUUGUUCGUUUUUUUAUUACUCUUUUGGUGUUGCUUCACUUGAGCCGUUGUUACUACAGGUCGGUGACCUUGGAUGACUCUCACUUUUCAUGAAUAAACAGUCGUAGUCUCUUAGCCUUAGUCCUCCAUAUCUUCUCAUUGGUGAAAUAAUUGAACAGAAAACGUUCAUGUGAUUUUCAAAUCAACAGAAAUCAGAAUUAAGUCUCUUGUAACCUUCACUUUAUCUCUCCAUUUUAGAUCGAGCACAUGUUGUUCUUCUCCAAUUUCUUCCUUAGCGUUGUACUCAGCUAAGACUAGUGCUGCGAGGAAUUAACUUAUUUGAAUUUUUAUUUUUUCUGACACCGAUUAUUUUGAAUUUGCCCAUGCGCCUAUGACCGAAUAUCUCAAAAACGCUACUAACCCUCAACUUUUCUUCCACCUUGGUUUUUUUUGCUGUAUUCCUCUAGAAAAUAUGAAGCUGAUUACUUUCUGUUUGUUACUCAGAAUAUUACAAAAUUCUGCUCGACGACCAUAUAAUUGUGAAAUGUUUAUUAACAAUAUUUCAAAAUGGAGAGCAAUAUUCCCCAUUUUUCUCUCGAAAAAAAGAUAAACAGAAUGCGAUCAGUUUUUCUUUGAAUGUCCCUUUUAUGACACCGCGCGAUUAGCUCUAAUCUCGAUAUUUCAGCUGAAUCUGCCUCAUUUGAAUUUUGACUCGAAAACUCUACUUUUGCAAAAUUCUUUAUCACCUGAAGAAAUUAAGAUCGUGUUCAAAGGUGUCAUUAACUUUAUUGCUCAAAUAGAGCGGUUUAUUACUGAUAAACAUAUUUUUUCUUGAUUUCUCAGCACUCCAGUCCGGAACGCACACUAUUCCUCCUUCCCUACUUCUUCUAAUCUCAUAUGAUUGUAUACUGGCAUGCAUUUAUCUAUUAGUCCAUUCUUUUUAAUUUUAUUGUACUCAAAUAGCAUGUUCAAACAAAAAAACAAAAAAAAUGUAACUCUGCUAGGUUUUUGGUUGAGCGUUUUAUGCACUAUGCAACACAGACUUGUCUGCAAGCAUAACUGCGUUUGUUUGUUGAAAUUAAAUACAACUAUUUUUUAAUAAACAAGGACAAGUUUAAAAAAAAGCAAUCAGUUUCAUAUUUUCUGGAAAAAAUCAGCAUCAAAAAUAACACAGUAGAAAUGUCGAAGGUCGAAUUCGAUCCGGGAUAUACUGGGAAUUUUUCCAGCGGGGUACCUGGAAAUACUGUGUACAAGUACCCGAACUGGUAUCUGAAUAGUACCUACGCGUACGCAGAUACUGAGAGUGUAUCAGCAGGGUACUCAACCAAGUACCCGAUAAGUACCCAAAAGUACUUUAAAGUACUUCAUUACCCCACAGAUUCUGUGACAUACUAACAGCAGGGUAUUCUUUACUCAGUACAUUCACAUGGGGGCAUAUGACUAAACCAUACGAGAAAGAGAUGCAAGACUACGAACACGAAGAAACGGGAUAAGGAGAAUGAUAGUUUUCUUUGAUAUAACCGACUCUCUUAACAAAACAGACACAUUUGAUAGUUUGUUAGUUACAGAAUUUUCAACUUGAAAAUAGAUCUGAGUAUGUCUCUGUCAACCAUGAAUGGACAAACUACCGGUUUAAUUUAAUUCAAUGCAGUUGUCAAACAGCUAUUGGAAAUAAAAAUCGAUUGGAAUAAAAUUAGUUUUGCCGGAUAUGAUGGCUCAUCAUCUUUAGUAGUAUUUACAAUGGCUGCAAAAAUUCGUUUAGAGUUUCGCAACUGGUUAUUAUUUAUUCAUUGUAGAGCUUAUUCUUCUGUCUAAUUCAGACU